UCUGAUGCUCUCGCAGUCAGCAGCAAGACAUCAUGGAGAUUACAACUCUCAGCAUUCGACUUUUUUUGGUCUUCAUGGCUGUUCAAGCUGACUGCAGUAACUUUACUGGUGCAGUUUUUCCUCGCAUUGUUCCAAACAGACUUCAGUUCUUUGAAUAUGAGUCCGUCUCUGUACAUUGUGAGGUAGAUAACAACAUCACUGAAUGGAAAGUGAAGUGGAAAUCCCAUAAAAUAAAGAACGCUUCCUACACAUCAACAUCACCCUGCAUAAUUUAUCCCAGUUUUGAAAGUCACAGUGGAGAAUACUGGUGUGAAACUGAAGAUGGAAUAAAAAGUGAGGCCCUGAACAUCACUAUUACUGCUGGUUCUGUAAUCUUGGAAACCCCGACCCAUCCUGUGAAGGAGGGAAAUGAGGUGACCCUUAACUGUAAAAACAAGACAACUCAGUCAGAACACAUAACUAACUUCUACAAAGAUGGUGUCUCUCUCGGGACCUGGAAUCAAAGCAGCAUGAACAUCAAAAAUGUCUCCAAGUCUGAUGAAGGACUCUACAAGUGCAGCAUUGAUGGAGCAGGAGAAUCACCAGAGAGCUGGUUAGCUGUUAUAAAACAACAUCAUCAUCAAGUGCGACAAGACACCACUGACCUACAUCAAGCGAAAUAUGAUGUGGGCAGAAAAGAAAGGAAGCAGAAAUAUGGAGACAAUUCGGAUCUUCCAGAUGAUGUCCUGUAUGUCACUAUUAAAAAUCACUGGAAGAAAAAAGAGACAAAAUUGUCCAGAGCAGACAUGAAUCCAUGCUGUCAAGAGGAGACUGUCAUCUAUUCUUCAGUCAAGUGAGCCUCAUACAUAGUGUAUUUGUUGGACUCCUAUUAAACCAUGGCAUGAGGUUUGCUAACAUGAUGCCCUGAAAUUACAGGAGGGUGAUUGGAGUAAUUUGCUAACAGCAAAUGAGAAAAUGAAAAACAGAAAAUUAAAAGACAAAAUGAUGAUUGCUAUUGUUGUUUUAAGCAUCAAAGAAAAAUGAAAAAAAAAAUAGCCUCAACACUUAUCUCAUAAAGAUAACACUUCCCUAAAUGGCACA